AUGCAUUUCUCACAGCUCUUUAUCCCAGCCUUUAUAGGCCAUAUGGCUCUAGUCGGAGCCUUACCAGGCGGAAGGCUAGAGGGACGAAACCCAGGUCCAGGCCCCAAGUGCUCCUCAGGCCAACCCGCCGUGAACGCUCCUCACAAGAACUUUUGGGGUUCAUUGACCGCCAACGAGACAGCCGAUGUGCUUUCUCUGCUGCAUAGCAAUGCAACGCGUUUCAAUCUAACCACCGCAAAAGAUGCAGGGAGUCGUGAUAACAAGAUCAUGUCAGUUGAACUCAUGAUGCCUAACAAAACCGAUGUUCUCCCAUUUUUAUCAAACAGCAGCGGCAGCCCGGAGCGUUACGCUUUGGCUACAGUCAUGUUCGGGGCAUCUGAAAAUGCUUACCUUCAGGAAUUCAAGGUUGGACCUUUGCCUAUUACUCCCGCCUCAAUCGUUAUGCCCUACACCUAUACAAACACAAGAUCAGGUGAUGGUAAGAUCCCUGUUGUCAACCCUGACGCCGAAGACUACGGCAACUUCAAUCUCAGAACGAUGAAGGAGGCAGAAGACGUGACAAAACGGCUUUGGAACCUAACGAUCGAUGACGGACUUCAGGUCCCAUUGGCCUUCGCGGCUCCACUUACAGUGACAGAGGGUAGGGCUGUGAUGUGGCAGGGCUUCAAUGCACCUGUCACCAGCAUCUAUGAUACGAUCUCUUUGCUUCCACUAGGCCUUUACAUGAGAACAGAUAUCACAGGCCGCGAUCCCAACAAAUGGAGAGUGACAGGUUGGGUGUACGACAACGAGUUUUACCCGGAGCUUGAUGAUUUCCGCAAGGUCAUUGCCGACCCUCAGUUCAAACCAUUGGGGGCGAAUCUGGAUGAGCCUUGGGCGCACACUAACAAACAUGGCGACGCCCUUCCUCUGGACGAUAACCCACCACCGGCCUCUAUCCAACCUCAUAACGCAAGGUUUGCUGUUGAUGAGACUGAGAGUUAUGUAACAUGGAUGGACUUCUCCUUCUAUGCCAGUACUACAAGAGAUAACGGUCUACGACUGUACGACAUCCGAUACAAGGGCAAGAGAAUCAUGUACGAGCUUGGAUUAGACGAGGCAAUAGCACAUUAUGCCGGCAUCGACCCAGUGCAAUCUGGGAUCUGUUACUUUGACAGCAUGAGUGGAUUCGGACCUACUAUGAUCUCUCUGGUAAACGGCUAUGACUGCCCGGCAUACUCCCACUAUUCCAAUGUCACAACGACUACAGGCGAGACAACGUUUACGCAGAAGGACGCCCUGUGCAUGUUUGAGAUUGACAAGGGCUUCCCUAUCCAACGCCACUCUUGGGCUGGGCACACCACCGUGACAAAGAACAUCGCCUUUAAUGUCCGCGCUAUCUACACUAUUGGAAACUACGAUUACAUGACAACUUACCAAUUCCAUCUGGAUGGUUCCAUCGAAGUUGAUGUCAGAGCAUCAGGCUAUAUCUCUUCAGCAUUCUACGCUCAGAACGAAGACUAUGGGUUCAAGAUCCAUGACAGUCUUUCCGGAUCCCUCCAUGACCAUGUCAUCACAUUCAAGGCUGACUUUGAUAUCUUGGGAGAGAAGAAUUCAUUCCAACGGAUUGCCAUCCAACCCACGACUGAGAAGUACAAGUGGUCUGGUGGCAAACCUAUCAACACCAUGAAGGCAGUUAAGAGCUUCGUUGAGAAUGAAGACGAUUCCAAAAUCAAUUGGGCGCCCAAUGGCGGAGCGAUGUAUGCAGUGGUCAACAAGGACAAGAAGAACCCUUACGGCGAAUUGCCGGGGUACAGGAUCGUACCAGCUUCUGGAGUGGCAUAUCUCACGGUUCAGGACUCCAACAUUACACAAAAUGCUGGUCACCACACGACGCAUCAUCUCUACGUCACUCAGCAGAAGGACAACGAGACCUACGCUGCUGGGGCGUACAAUUCGUUAACCCCCGAAGAUCCACAGGUUGACUUCAAUAAGUAUUUCAACAGUGAAUCGCUUGUUCAAGAGGAUAUUGUGGUUUGGUUCAACCUGGGAAUGCACCAUAUGCCUCACACUGGCGACCUCCCUAACACCGUCUUCUCGACCGCACAUUCUUCCAUGCUUAUUGAGCCGUUGAACUAUCUUCUCGGUGAUCCUUCGCAGGCUAGUUCCCAGCAGGUUUUGAUCAAGACCACCGAUGGGAAACCUAAGAUUACCACGUACGGGGCCAAGAAUGCAACAUGCCCAAUUGAUCUGGCACAGCUCAACCCGGACCUAUCAAGCUAUUCCAAUAGCAUCAGUGUUCUCAAGUACCCUUAUGAUGGAUCGAAGCCGGAUCGAUAUUAG